UCAGAAGGAGGUGCUAUCUACAGCUUUGAAGCAUUGAAUGCCACCAACACCGUCUUCAAGAACAACACAGCCGCAGCGUCUGGAGCAAUCGCCAUUCAGAUGGGAGAUGGGAACUUUGACAACUGCACUUUCUUGAGUAACAAGGCCGUG